AUGUGUUACAAAGUCGUCGAACGAUACUCCGUCUGCAAAUGUCUCUACUUCGAGCACUCCAUCGACCCUUGCUCUGCUUAUGGACAGCGCGGCCAUGAAGUACAAGAAAAGACUGUGCUGGUUGGCUAUACCUGUGACAGGCACUCCAGACGCGGGAUCUAUGCCGUUUCGCCCGGUGCGAGGCGCUGGUCUGAUUCUGGGUAUGGGAGCCAGGAUUUGAGUGGAGAUGAGAGUGGGAGGGAGGGUGAGGAAUAUUGGGAGAUUUGA